AUGUUUUUUUUUGCAAAUUCACAUUUCACAAUUUUGCAAGUGCAUUGUCUUCAGUUGUGCGUAUCGAAUAAUUAAUUCUAUUAUUCUCGUAAAACCGAUGUAGAAGUUGUAAAAAAUGCUCGGAAAUUUCGAAAACGUGGGCGCGUUCAUACGCAACUGCGACGGCGCCAAGUUAAAAUACGACGAAGCUUGUUUGGAGAUUUUAACAGAAGUAAACAUAACAUUCUGGAGCCAGUAUAAAGAAUGCGAGAAGUGUAUGUUGCUUCCAACAAAGAAUUUGCCGAGUACUGGGGCUGUGGUCCUCCAAACCUUCAGUCCUCUGCAAUAUGCGAUAAGAGAUCAUUCUGGACAAAUAUGUAGUGGAACCUAUCAGUUUCAAGAGUUUGGUCAGUACAGUAUAAAUGUGUCAGCGGCGGAGGACAAAUGUCUGCCGCGCAUGACAGCUGAGCCGGAUGCAGCCUACCUGCCCAUCCUCACCGCUGUGGUGGUGUUGUUGUCUAUGGCCACACUAUGGUACAUUGUCAAGGGAAUCGGCAAGCGGAUUGUGGCUGGACGACUUUAUGCCACCUAUUUUGCAAGGGAAGACAAUGAGUUGGGUUCAGAGACUAGAGUGUUGACUACAGAGGCGAGUGUGCCUCGCUCUCCCACACGCUCACGGCUUCGCUCGCUUGACAUCUUCAGAGGUUUCACUGUUGCUCUUAUGAUCUUCGUGAACGCAGGCGGCGGCGGCUAUGGCAUCUUCUCCCACUCGACGUGGAACGGCCUCACCAUCGCUGACGUGGUGUUCCCGUGGUUCGCCUUCGCGAUGGGCGAAGCCCUGGUGCUCUCGCUCAACGCUAGACUUAGGACCGCAAUGCCCAGGACCACUGCUCUUGCACAAGUAGCUCGUCGAUCCCUCCUGCUGGCCCUCAUAGGCAUAAUCCUGAGCUCGGUGAACUCUUCGUGGAGCAACGUCCGCUUGCCCGGAGUCCUACAGCGACUGGCUGCCAUGUACCUCAUCACGGGAGCCCUGGAGUGUGCCUUCAUGAGGACCAGCCAGAACAUUACACCAGGUCAUUCACUAUUCCGUGACAUAUCGGCCGGCUGGCAACAAUGGCUCGCGACCAUUCUGAUUGUGGCUAUACAAGUGUGCAUAACGUUGUUUGUGCCAGCCCCUGAUUGUGCCCCCGGUUACUCCGGACCCGGUGGUCUACAUCGCACCGCCCUGGGAGACUUCUCGCUGCGGAACUGUACUGGAGGCAUCGCUGGAUAUAUUGACAGGCUUCUGUUGGGUCCGUCCCAUCUAUAUGACCACGGGACAUUCAAAAAGAUCUACCACACAGUGGUGCCACAUGACCCGGAGGGCAUCCUCGGCAUACUGUCUGGAGUGCUGGUGGUGCAAGCUGGAGCUCAUGCCACGAGGAUCAUGCUGGUCUAUAACCAUGCUAGAGCACGGAUAAUGCGCUGGGUGUUCUGGUCGAUAGUGUUCGGCGUCUCCGGUGGCGCCCUCUGCAUGUUCUCCAAGAAUGGUGGCCCCAUACCCAUCAACAAGAACCUGUGGUCCGUCUCCUACUGCCUGGUGACGGCUGGCAUGGCCUUCUUCUUGCAGGCCGUGCUUUACUUCCUGGUGGACCUUAAGAAUAAAUGGGGGGGCCGGCCUUUGUACUAUGCUGGUCAAAACGCGCUGUUCCUAUACAUCGGCAGCGAGUUACUCAAACGUCACUUCCCACUGUACUGGCACUUGCUCGCACCCACACAUUCACAGCUGCUAGCCACGCACGCGGCCGCCAUGCUAAUGUGGCUAGCUGUCGGCGUGGCUUUGCACAGGAAACGGAUCUUUAUCACCUUGUAAUAGUGACUGUAACAGCGUGAAGGCAUGUACCAUCGCUUCAUGUGACGCUACAAAAGAGACUCAACCUUAUUGUCUUGUAAUAAAGUAUAUAUUUGCUUGUUACAAUAUUUUACUAAGACAGUACAGGCGUGCCCAUGUUGUUAUGAUUUGGAAAACGUGUCAGCAGGAACCUGAUCUUUAUUGUCUUGUGUUUGAGACUAAUACAGCGUGAAGGCAUGUACCGUCACAUACUUGAGUAUACAUGUGACGCUACAAAAAACAGUCAGCCUUAUUGGCUUGUAAUAAAGUCUAUAUUUGAUUAUUACAUUAAGUUAGUAACACAUAUUAAACAGUAAUGCCUGGUGCCUGGCAGGUAAGUGUCCUUACAUACAAGCGUAAGUUGUCAUACAAACGUGACUCUACAAAAGAGAUUCAUCUUUAAUAUCUUGUAAUAAAGUCUAUAUUUGCUUGUUACAUUUACAUUGCUAACACUGCAGGGCUGUUAUGCUAUGUGUUGGUAUAUGCAAAAUAAUAAAAUGUUUUAUUUGGUGCUCGAACAAAUAUAUCAUCAUCAUUAUCAUAUCAGCUGAUGGUCGGACUUCCAAACAUCAUGAUCCUGAGCCGCUGCCUCCAUAACAUAUGUCCCGUCCAGAUGCUAACACGUCGUAAAGCACCUCAUCUGGACUGGCAUUUAAAGGUGUAAAAUCCUUAAUUGACCUGAACUGGGUAUUCAGAGUGUUUUUCAGGUAGCAUGGAUACGGUGACAGUUCGUUUUAUUCUUGAAAGACGAACGUCAAGAGUAAAACGAACUGUCACCGUACUCAUGCUAUCUGACAAACACUAAACCCACAUUUUAGUUAUAAGACGUUUCAAUAAAAAUUAUAGCAAUAAUACGUCCUAAGACCUAAACUAUACCUACACAUGGUGCUUGAAUUGGAUGAAGGAAACAAACUUGAUUAAGCCCCCAUUAGUUUUAGUUUCGCUGUCUGACCACCUGCUGUGUAGUGAUAAAAGUUCCAAACGUUGCAUAAAAAGCAGAACGGAACUACUGGGAGGUGUCUUAUCUGGAUUUUUAUAACCUUAACCAGUAUGGCCGAGAUGCCUCAACGAAAUAUCUCGUGGUGAUAAGAAAUUGUCGACCAAAAGCGGCUGAAUCGACAAUAUUGCUUUCUCUUUCUACCAAAGGUAGAACGAUAUUUUCGUUUCGCCCUUGGUUGACAAUAUGUCAUUUUCAGCGCGAGAUAAUUCGUGGCGCGCACUAUAGACCUAGAAUACUGGGCUGUAGUGACCUUGGGAAAGAUAUUUGAUAUUAGUAUAUAUCGGUCGAGACUUGAGACUAUAUGGAUGGUAGAAGUAAGGAGAAUCAUAUCAUGUGUCCGCCAUUACCGGUAAAUCGGAGUUCAUAAUGCGACCAGAAUGGCGCUAGUGUCAAUUUGCGUAAGCUCUGAAGUCCUAAGAUGCGCGCCCCAUAUAUCGUGAAGACAAAAUAACAUAUUGUCGACUAAUAGCCCCGAACCGGAAGUAUCGCUCUCUUUCGUUGUGCUUAAACGAAAGUGAGAGCUGUAUUGGCCUCCAUUGAUCGGUUGACUAUGUAUUUUUGUCUUCGUGAUAUAUGUCUAAGCAUUGUAGGCCUACUGAACUUUGAAAUUCAGUACACUUUGACUCCUUGACUCUACACUCCAUAGAAGUAUAUUUAAACAAAGUAUCUCAUAGUUUGUAAUUGACUAUAUUGCUUUGGAUUUUAGAAGAAUAAAAAAUUAAAAAUCAUGGUGCUAGUUCAGUUGUACUAUAAAUUGAAUAUUAUUAAGCUACCCUUGUUUAAUGGUCACUAAGGAAAUGGAUAUAAUUGUUUGAUUUCAUUUUAUAGCCAAACUAUAUUAUAGAGUAACUCGCUUGCACGGUGCAGUGUGCGUGGAUGAAUAAAUUAAUAAAAUAUACUAAUUCAUUUAAAAACUAAUACACAAUUGACGGCUUUAUCGCUAAUGGAUGGUAUGAUGUCCAAAGGGAGCGACGGGUGCGGGUGGCAGAACGCAAUCAUUAUUCAUUUUCAUUCAUGGACAAUGGAAUGCCUUUCUGUCAUCUGUUUCCAUCCAGCCAACGUACAAUUUCACACUUUCAAGUCAAGCUUCAAGUCAAGAGUGAAUAGGCAUUUUCUAGACAAGCGCGUCUCAUCUCGGACCUCAUACUUGAUUUCCAUCAGGCAUGAUUAGUCAAACGCAAACCUACGUAAACUAAUAUUAUAAAAAGUAAGAUUAAAUUUUUUGUUUGUUCGUUGAGUUGUGUUUGUGAUUAUCUGAAAAUCUUUCAAAGUUCUUUCGUCAAUAUAAAACUACAUCAUGACUGAUAACUUAUUCUAUAGCUGUAUUUAUUUAAUAUGUAUAUUUUAUUCCACAAGAAUGACAACUAAGCGGGUAAAACUGAGGGGCGUCUGUUAGUUUAAGUUAAAAAAAAACAAUUGCAGUCACCCGCGCUACUGUACCGCGCAAAUGAGGUCUCUGAUAAGCGGUUUAGUUAAAGCAUACCUACUCAUAACAGAUUAUAAUUUAUGUGUAACCGAAUUUGCACCAAUAAGUAACAUACAUAUUUGUUAGAUUUAAAAACUUUUAUUUAUCAAAAUAAUCUUACGCUCCAGUUUAUAUUAAUAGGAUAGUAAAAUAUGUAAUUUGUAGAUGGUGAUAUUUUGCACGGAUUUUUCUAUGUAUUAAUUCAUUGUCAUUCGUAACACAUGUAGGUAUAUUAAUUUGUCAAGUAACAACUUGACAAAUUAGUAUACCUACUUGUGAAACAGCAUCAAAAUUAUUUGUUAAAUUGGCGUACAAUCCUGAACAAAAAAAUAUUUAUUUAAUUUUUUAUUAGACUUUCAUACCGUUUUAUGUGGUUUAGAAAUCAUUUUUGAAAAUGUUAUCAUAGCAAAAUGUUCUGGAAAAGUAAUAAGAAAAGUGAGCAUGUAAAUACAUAGUUACCUUUAAGUAUGUAUUUAAAAAAAUUAACCUUUGAUUUAAAAUUCUAUAAUAUGUUAACUUAUGGUAUUUUACAGUUUUUUUCAAUACCUUACCUUACUAUACCAUAUUGAAAAAACAAUACAUACCUAACUAAAAAACCAAAUUUUAAAAAUACAAAAUAUCACCAUGUGCAAACGACUUUCAAUUUAUUUUAUUUUAGAUUUAAAUGACGUUUAUUUUUGCAGCAACUUUAACUAUGCAAUGGUGUAUUAUAAACUACCUGUAUGUUUUGAUCAAAUAAACAAGUUAUAUUACGCGUUAUAA